GAACAGUUUCAUUGGCUGUAAUAGACACACCUCCUGUUUAUAUCAACAAAAAUGGCGGCGUCCAUAUUAGACAAGUUUUGGAAAGUAUUUAAGCAUCAAACGGGCAAUAUCAUUGGUAUGAUUCAUAUUCAGGCACUACCUGGUACCCCAUGCAACAGUCAUUCCGUUCAAGAAAUAGUGGACUUAGCCUGCAAGGAAGCCUCUCUAUACAAAAAUGCUGGGGUGGAUGGUAUUAUGCUAGAGAAUAUGCAUGACAUCCCCUAUGUUCAAAGCUCCAAACUUGGUCCGGAAGUGACAUCUGUCAUGUCUGUAGUUUGCCAUGAGGUCAAGCGUAUGUUCCCUCACUGCCCAGUGGGUGUUCAGGUCCUGGCUGGGGCCAACAAAGAGGCUCUUGCAGUGGCCAAAGCUGCAGGCCUACAGUUCAUCAGGGCCGAGGGAUUUGUUUUUGCCCAUGUAGCAGACGAAGGGAUAACAAAUGCAUGUGCUGGCGAGCUUCUGCGCUACCGAAGAGAAAUUGGUGCAGAGGACGUCAUGAUUUUUACAGAUAUAAAAAAGAAACACAGUGCACAUGCUAUCACUAGUGACGUUGAUGUUGUCAACACUGCACAAGCUGCAGAGUUUUUCAUGAGUGAUGGUGUGAUAAUUACAGGAGAUGCCACAGGCAAACCAGCUAGCAGCAAGGAAGUCAAGGCUGUUUUAGGUGGCGUUACUAUUCCAGUCUUGGUUGGUUCUGGUGUUACUCAGGACAACUAUCACCUGUACAAACAGGCGCAUGCUCUGAUUGUGGGCUCACACUUUAAACACUCUGGCCACUGGCAUGAGAACCUGGACCUGAAGAGGAUAGAGAGCUUCAUGGAGACAGUCAGGCAAGUCAGACAUGUUCCGGUUGAGUCGACAAUGAUCAUGUAAAACAGACGUGCCCCUGUUAAGUCUACAAUCAUUGUGACACUGUCUAGCAGAAUCUAUCAUAUCAAGUGAUGCCAGGAAGAUAUACAUCACCUUUAAAGUUUUGAUUCAUUUACAUUACAGUGUUGAUGCAUGUGUGCCAUAUAGAUUGCCGAAUAUUUGUUUCACUUUUUGAAGUCCAAAUUUUAAUUGCAUUUAAAAGUGUGUUCACAUCAUCUUUAAUCAAAACAUAUUGCGCACAAUCUUUUGAUUAGUACUUAUCAUUUGUUUGUGAGAAUGACAACCCAGUUUUAAAUAUUCAUUGUUUUAUCACAGAAAAGAGUUUAUGUUAAUAGUUAAUAAGUUUAUGUAUAUCACUGAUUUACAGUAUUUGUGUUCACUGUACAUUAUUUGUAAUUAUUAUUAUUAUUGCUAUUGUAUAAUGCAUACUUGUAUGCUGUAGCAUGCUCAGUGCACUCUGGUUCUAGCUUUUUUUUCGAACAUGUCUGUGGAGGGGCUAUUAUGGAGAAUGUUUCCAUUCUGCAUUUUGGCAGUCAGCAAACACAACACAACACAACUCAGCUCAAGUCUAAACUCAAUAUGAAAUUCCUGGUCUACAUCAGGAUUUGAACUCAAGCCCUCUUGUUUGGUUGCCAGGCAGUUUACGCCAGUGAGCCUUACAUUCCACAUUGUAAACGCUAUUAAAACAGCUAAUUUCUUUGUUAAUUUAUUGUUAUAUUUUGUUAAACAAAUUGAUGACUCAGUCAAUGUAAUAAUAGUUUAACAUUUUGAAAUGAUAUUGGCCAUGCUGCUGCAAAAGAAGUUAAAACCAGAUAUGUAUUUAUAUCAGUUGACUUUAACAUUUUGAUAGUCUAAGACAACUUACACUACUUGUUCACAAUGUUGCUCUGUAGCCAGCAUCAUUAUCAAAAGCCCUGACAUUUUCUCAAAUAAUGUCAAUUUUUCAUUAGAGCUGGGUAGACUUGUAUGCUUCCUAAAAAUCCUAAAAUUCAAAAAUUCAAAAUUCCUAUCUUCACAAAGAUUCAAAGUCGAGACCCCCUCGGUUUGUAAGCUAAUACUACCUGAUAAUUGUGCCUGCGAUACACUGAUUAUAAAACAUGAGGUUCUAUCUUGCAGACUAGCAUAAUAUAGUUCUGCUAUGUGGACUUAAUAAAUGUUUGUUAGACAAAGAGUUGUGUAGUGUUGCAAAUUGUUUCAUUGCCUUAGAAGAACUUUUGCAUCUAAUUUCACUAUGACCAGAAACCUUUUAAUAGUUUAUUCUGGUUUAGUUUCUCUAUUCCCAUGUAUCUUUGAUUGUAGAAUUCAAAUUGAAGCUUACCUCAGGCAUUUAAUAGGAGAUUGUACAGAAAGAUUUUUUUUUAGACAUUUAAAAUGUGUAUGAUCAAGACUAUUUAAAUAGAUCCUCACCAUAAUGCAAUCAUGAAUUUGAAAUAUAUAUAUUUUUUUGGGCAUCAGUUUUCUUUUGGAAAUAUGUAAAUGUUUCAUCAGAUAUGAUGACUAAUCACAUCCUGGUCAAAACAUCUGAAAGAAUGCAAGGGAUGGAAAUGGACAUGGUAUGAAUUUGUCAUAAUUGUGGUGACAGUCUGACUUCAUUCCAAACAACAAGGCAGCCAUUUAUUGAAAAGUUGUACCUUUUUUUUUUAUUCACAUAAAAAUUCAGGAUGAGCAUUAUUCUAUGUUGUUUAUUAUGUUAUUAUACACAUUGUUGCUAUACAAAAUGCUGAUGUUACUGACUGCUGUGCUAUUGUUGUUCACCGACUGUACAUUUCAGAGUAUUUAAGUCACAUUAAAAAUGAUGAUCGUGUAA